AUGUCUCCAAGUCUUCGCAUAUUUGCCUACUCACUGGGUGCAUCAAUAGUAUUUUACCAAUGUCACUCGUACUUAGGAACAGUGUGUGAAGGCAUAAGUAUGGAGCCUACAAUACAUCACGGUGAUUAUUUGCUCGUAGAAAAAUUCUCUUUAUAUCGUGGUAGAAUUAAAAGAGGUGACAUAGUUGUUGCGAAACAACCUCGUGGACCACGCACUCAUUGUCACAUUCUCAAACGCGUUCGUGCGAUCGGUGGUGAACCCGUUGUCUACUGGAGUCCGAAAUUGGCCAAGCCUGUUACCGCUUAUGUUCCUGAAAAGCACGUUUGGCUUGAAGGUGACAACCAACUUCACUCUCUUGAUUCUCGAACUUACGGCUCAGUGCCACUUGGGCGGUUGGAGUACCGUGUGUUCUGUCGGCUCUGGCCUAUCACAUCUUUCGGGAAGUUUGAUAAAGAGCCUCGUGUUUGGGGGAACACGACCACAAUUAAGCGGUCUUCGGAGGUUUCUGCAUUUCAGGAUGAUGAUCGCUGA